CGUUUUGACUGCAAUACAAGUUUUGGUUAAAGAAUCGAAAACGAAAGUAUGCAAAAUAAAUUUCCACUUUUACUUUGAAAGAUUAAAAUAAGAAAUACAUGCAAUUUAUUUUAAUUUGUCACGUAAAAUCAAACGAUGAAGAAGUCAAAGAAGAAGAAUUCUGAAUCGGGAGAAGAUGAAGUAGACAAUAUGGUUGGUUUUCGUGGAAAACAAAAAUUUAAUCAUGAUGAGAACAAUACGACCGAAGACUUUGUCGAUUUCGGUAGAACAACGACACAGAAUGAUCUGAGUGAAGACAUUAAAGAUGACCAAGCACCAAAGAUAAUGCAUAAUGCUGAGAAAUAUGGUGGGGAAGAGAGAUGAAACGGCCACUCUUAUCAUUGAUGAGAAAGACAACGCUGAGGAUGACAUUAAUGAUAGUCAACCGUAUCCAUUUACCAUUUUGGACUUUCUUGUUGCUAUAGUGUCUAUAGUUGUGUUUGUGGCUGACAUUAUCACCGACAUUCUCCUUGCUCUGGAAUAUAAGGAUCACGGUAGAACUGCUGAGUGCGCACUUACGUCAUCAGUGGUGGUUGCGUCAUUCCUGGUGGCAGGGAUACUUAGUACGAUCUGGUAUGUACAAGACGGAAAUGGACCUAAAGGAGGAAUACAGAGGACUCUCUUCCUCAUAGUGGCUUUUCCGUUUGCUACUAUUAUAAGGAAAAUUUCAUACAUCAAAUAUGGCUGCUUGAGUCGCAAAUCUACCGAUAAACAUACACACUACAAAAGAAUGAUAAGGGACAGAUCCGAUGCCAAACUAUUGUGUAUGUUCGAUGCCUUUGUGGAAUCCGUUCCUCAAGUA